GAGCAGCAGCUCUGGAACCAGGAGAGGAGCUCCAGUGUGGACCAGGAGGAACCAGAACCUCCACAGAUUAAAGAGGAACAGGAGGAACUGUGCAGCAGUCAGGAGGGAGAGCAGCUGGGACUGAAGGAGGAGACUGAAGUUCAUAAUGAUCCUGUGCAGUACGAGGAAGAGAUGGAGCGUCAGCGCAGACUGCUGGAUAUCACCUGGAAACCCCAAAUAAAGCUGCACAGGACAGACAUCCCACAUCAGCAUGUCUGUGAGGAAGAGGAGGAGGUUCUCCCUGAGCAGCAGCUCUGGAACCAGGAGAGGAGCUCAAGUGUGGACCAGGAGGAACCAGAACCUCCACAGAUUAAAGAGGAACAGGAGGAACUGUGCAGCAGUCAGGAGGGAGAGCAGCUGGGACUGAAGGAGGAGACUGAUACCUUUAUGGUGACUACUGCUGAGGAAGGAGAGCACAGUGAACCAGGAGGAGACGGGGAGCAGCUCCUCUCUGAUGACUCUCCUCAAAGUGAAAUCACAGAUGAAGAAUCCAGCAAGUGUGAAGAGUCAGGGUCAAGUGAAACUGUGACCUCGGUGCCAAAGAAGAGACAGAAGAGAGACAGAAGUCACGAUGAUGUGGAGAGCUGGACUGUGUCAGAGAGUCCCUGCAAUGCUGCCACAGGUAGAGAGUCUGAUGUUUGCCAAAAAUCUGUCAAGAAUCAGGCCCAAAGAAAGAAACCCCACACUGAUGUGAAACCGUAUCCUUGUGACACGUGUGGGAAAAGCUUCAGAGCUAGAAGUACGUGGAAACGCCACCUUGUAACUCACACAGGUGAGAGGCCGUAUCCCUGUGAUACAUGUGGGAAAAGUUUCAGUCGAAGCAGUAACUUGUAUGAUCACAUGAGAACCCACACAGGUGAGAGGCCAUAUCCCUGUGAUACAUGUGGGAAAAGUUUCAGUCGAAGCAGUACUUUGUAUAUUCACAUGAGAACCCAUACAGGGGAGAAGCCAUAUCACUGUGAUACAUGUGGGAAAAGCUUCAGUCAAAGCAGUAAUUUGUAUAUUCACAGGAAAACUCACACAGGUGAAAAGCUUUUUGCUUGUGACACGUGUGGGAAAAGCUUCACUGAUAGAAGUACCUGGAAAUACCACCUUAUCACCCACACAGGUGAGAGGCCAUAUACCUGUGAUACAUGUGGGAAAAGUUUCACUCGAAGCAGUCAUUUGUAUAUUCACAUGAGAACUCACACAGGUGAGAGGCCAUAUCCCUGUGAUACAUGUGGGAAAAGUUUCAGCCAAAGCAGUCGUUUGUAUAUUCACAGGAGAACCCACACAGGUGAAAAGCUUUUUGCGUGUGAUACAUGUGGGAAAAGUUUCAGUCGAAAAAGUAUUUUGAUGUAUCACAAGAAAACUCACACCGGUGAGAAGCCGGAAGCUCGUAAAACGUUUCAGUAUGAGUAGGAAUUUGAUAGACUGCAUGAGAACUCUCGGGGUUGUUGUUUUCCAGAAAUAUCUGUCUUUUAUGCUGUAUUCCUGUUUGUGGUCAGUGUUUUAUGUGAGACUUUGAAGUUGAAACUGGGAAUCCCUCUGGCCCUUUCUGCCAGCUUUAGUCUGUAAUGGUUUGCUUAGGGCACGUUGUUCCUUCUCAUGCGUUCAUGUAUUUUGUGAUUUCAUCCACUUGUUUUUGUUUCAGCCUUUACAGGUUUUUAGGAUCACCUCUAACCUUAUGUACUGUAUUUUUCGGACUAUAAGGCACACUUAAAAUCCUUUAAAUUGACAGUGUGCUUUAUAAUC